CCUAGACAAAAAGGUGCACGGGAUGGAUGACUGGCAGGUAGGUAGGCGAGCGGCCAAGGUUUCGAUCACAACGGCGGCAUAUGUGUACGUGAUAGACUCCACUCACACAGCUUUAGAUUUCUUAGAGAUCAGGAACCAAGACACCGGAACCCGGGAAAGGGUCACUUGGUGAUUGCUACCGGCUGAGAUUCCUCCCUUGCUUCCAAGUAAGGGAUAAUCUCUCAUUCGCCUGCAACAUAUAGGAAGGAAUCAAAUGACCCGGUAUUAGGUUUCGGAUGCCCUUUAGAUUUGUUGACUUCCCACCAGUUGAGUUACUAUCCGGAGAUCCAAGAUAUUGGGGAUCAUAUGCACCAGCAACUGACUAGUCAGCCACAAGGCCGUCGGGAAAUCCAACCUCUUCCUCUUCAAAGGAAUAAAGACCUACGGAAAGCCUCUUCAAGCUCCAGUUGAUGUGUCCCUGAACCUUCAUUACUACCCGACGGCAACUGGAAACACCAUUCUGUCCCCAAGAGAGGCACAAUCUGCACCCAUGCAAGGCUGAGCCACAGGGAACCCUGAGAAGCCAAAUCGAAGGCCCCAUUUGCGGGAGGCGGUGCAGCUCGGGAAAAGACUUGCUCAGUCUAACGAAACAUUACCACUCAGAUUAACCACCAUGCCACGACUGGACUAGCGAUUCUCUAGAGUACAUCAAACCAGAAAAUAUCCUGGCCGAUUUUCCUCUCCGAGCAGUGGUCUUUCGGCCUUCUCGAACAAGGAGGCUUCAAUCAGAUCCCGUCCCGUCAACCCCUCGGUUCCACUGACUGAUUCCCCUCCCACCCCGCAGAGAGAGCCCGCCAGGCUGGGCAGAUGGCUAGGGUCACACAGCCUGCAGAAAGGGAGAUCCCCUGGCACAUGCGGUGGCCAGUCAAGGACCAACGCGGGAGACGAAAUAAGGCAUUUUCCGCAUUUGGUCUUGGGCCUUUUGGUGACCUCCCACGAGCUGAGCAUGUUGGGCAUGAGGGUACUCGGUAGAAAGAGGUACAUACAUAAUACAUAGCCAUAGUCAUCCCGACCUCUUUAUUAUCCUGCCGUGUGCUACUACUACUACUACUACUACUACUACUACUACUACUUCUUACUGCCUACCUAGGUGUUCAUCCAGUAACCGCCAAUAACGCCGUUUCCACUUCAUCCCCGUAUCCAGUCGCCGGCGGGGCAGCAUCGCUUGGCAACCCCUCGUCCACCACCUUCCCAGCCCAAUUGCUGCCAAGCCCACUCCUUGUGCAUCUGCAUCUGCCUCUUAGGUGCUCUGCCUCUAUGCCUCUGCCUCUCUGCCUCCUCCUCGCGCCGAUACCAACCUAAGCACACUCAGGUACCGACGCACACCGUACGCUCUGCCUCGAGCGCCUGAAGGCUUGUCAGCUCCCCAGCUCCCCAGCUCCCCCCUCAGCCGCUCUCUACCGUCGCACGCGCCGCCCUCCUUCUCCUCGCUCUCGUCACUCUCUUCCUGCGAACUAAAACACAGCCAGGGGCUCAGGACGUGCCAACACGACAUACUGGCACUCGGACACCAAGUGACAUCUUCCAGAAAUUAAGGUUACUUGAAUCGUGCUGCCCGCAGCCACUUCAGAGCCAGAAGCCUCUUCCUACUUUUCCGCUUCUUGUUUUUUUGCCAAAGCUCGGCACCAUGAGCUGUAAGUCACCACCUCCAUGUCACCUUCAGCCAAGUUCCGCCAUGUCCUCUCGAGCUUCGUCUCGAACAUGCUCAAUCGCCUGCAUGGGCAACCUGAGAGCUAUGAUAAGAAGUCCAAAUAUCGUUUUGGGCGCACCCUAGGCGCGGGCACCUAUGGCAUCGUCAGAGAGGCUGAGGGCCCUGAUGGCAGGGUUGCUAUCAAGAUCAUCCUGAAGAAGAACGUGCGGGGCAACGAGCGCAUGGUCCUCGACGAGCUGGACAUGCUCCAACGUCUCAAGCACCCUCACAUCGUCAAGUUCGUUGACUGGUUCGAGUCGAGAGACAAGUAUUAUAUCGUCACAGAACUUGCCACCGGUGGAGAGCUGUUCGACAGAAUUUGCCAACAGGGCAAGUUCACCGAGAAGGACGCCUCCCAAACCAUUAAGCAGGUCUUGGGCGCCGUCGACUAUCUCCACAAGAACAAUGUCGUUCACAGAGAUCUCAAACCCGAGAACUUGCUCUACCUCACCAAAGAGGCCGAUUCCGACCUCGUCCUCGCCGAUUUUGGCAUCGCAAAGAUGCUCGGCACCAAGGACGAGGUUCUCACCACCAUGGCUGGCUCUUUCGGGUAUGCCGCCCCCGAGGUCAUGCUCAAGCAGGGCCACGGCAAGCCUGUGGAUAUGUGGUCCCUGGGUAUCAUCACCUACACCCUCCUGUGCGGUUACUCGCCAUUCCGGUCCGAGAACCUCCAGGAUCUCAUUGACGAGUGCAGCGCCUGCCAUGUCGUCUUCCACGACCGGUACUGGAAGGACGUCAGUGACGAUGCCAAGGAUUUCAUCCUGAAGCUGCUGAAGGCUAAGCCUGAAGACCGGUGGUCUAGCGAGCAAGCCCUCGCUCACCCCUGGCUCAGCGGCGAGAACGCCACCGACCACAACUUGCUGCCCGAGAUCAGUGCUUAUCUCACUCGCGCGCGCUUGCGCAGAGGCAUCGAGAUGGUCAAGCUGGCCAACCGCAUCGAGGCGCUCAAGAUGCAGGAAGAUGAUCCCGAGAAUUCGGACAUGCCAAAGGAUGCUACGUCAGCAGCGAACCAGACGCGUCAUUUCCAGUCGGGCAAGAAUGCUAACGAAAAGGGCAGCAGCGGCGGUGGCGGCAGCAGUGGAGAGAAAAAGGAGGGUGAGCAAGCAGCGGGGGAGAAGCGCACGUUGAGCAAGGCGAUCAAGGGGGCUAUUUUCCGUGAGGUUGUUAUGGCCAAGGUCAGGGAAAUGAAGGAGCAGGAGGAGACGUUGAAGGUUACUGGGGAGGCUACGGGGGAGGGGUCGAAGUAAAUAAUGAUGCUGAGAAUGUUGGGAGGGGGAGUGAUGAUACCAGAGUGGAGGGGAUAUACCGACUGACACACGAAGCGUGCGUGGCAUAGCAGGACUUUUUUGGUUCUUUUUCCUUCUUGCAGGAGAAUUUUGAUCAGAGCAAGCCUGGUUAGUUGGUGCGUUGGUGGUGUUGGUACCUUUUGUCGCGCUGUAAGAGGUUGGGUUGGUUAAAGGCAGAGGCAAUUUGAUGAUUUUUUUGAUUAUUUUUUUUGGUUGCUCCAGGAGAGGGUUUAGUCAGUACCUGCUUCAAGUCAGCUGUAGGGUUUAUGAGAGUCAAUUAUAGCCUAUGUUAUAUCCUCGAGGUACCUAUG